UCUCUCUCUCGAGUGCGCGGACCCAAGCCCACUUCCUUCCUCUUCGGUGAGUGUAGUACCUUGUACCACAGUCAGGUAGGCGAAGCUGAUUUCCACUGGAGAAAUCUGUACGGCGAUGUCAUCCGGGUGAAAGGUAUCCUCGGCGAGGAUCAGCUUAUGGUCGCUGAUCCGAAAGCCCUGUCACGAAUUUUUGCUCCCGCAAGUUACCUUUUCGAAAAGCCGCAUGAACGUCGAGCUCUGUCGUUAACCGUCAACGGAAGGAGUGUCCUCUGGGCAGAGGGCGAAACUCACAAACGGCAGAGAAAGAUCUUGAAUCCCGGGUUUGGUGGACCUGAAUCGCGGGCAUUCUUUGCCAUAUCGCAGUCUUCUGCCCGGGCUAUGGUUGCGAGGUGGACGGAACUCGUCGAGGCUAAUAAUAGCCACAAGGCUAUACUGGACAUCCCCAGUUGGAUCUCCCGAGCUACAUUGGACGCCAUAGGAGAGGGUGCUUUUGACGUCCGGCUGGGUUGUGUCAACUCCGAGAAUGCACUAUCGAACAGCUAUCACGGGAUGGUAAUGAACGUUCUUGGUACCCCCUCGGCGCUGCAAAUCUUCCUCCAAGAAGCUGUCAAGUACAUCCCGAUAUCGGUCCUGGAGUUCUGGGCCAAACACAGCACAGACGAUCGUCUUGUACGCCUUCGCGAAGCCAAAGAAGUCGCCACUGCCACUGCAGAAAGCAUGGUGAAGAAGAAGGCACAAUCUCUUUUACAAGGAAAGGGUAGCAGGGACAUUUUCACACUGCUCAUCAAAGCGAACAUGGACGCCGAGGCGAAGAACAAGCUGAAUGACGAAGAGCUAUAUUCAUUGAUGCGCGCAAUUCUCCUUUCAGGUCAUGAAACAACUUCGAAUACCAUCAACUUCACCUUGCUGGAAUUGGCACGAAACUCAGAGGUACAAUCAAGACUCAGAGCGGAGAUAAGACAACAAGAGUCGAUCAUUCGUGCUCGUGGGGACACUCAAUUCACAGUAUCUGACCUGGAUAAAAUGCCAUAUUUGAAUGCUGUCACUAGGGCAACUUUAAGAUAUCAUUGCAUAGCGCCGCAGGUGAUGCGCACGGCUGGCCAGGACUGCGUUCUGCCACUUUCUCGACCCAUUCAGACGGAAUCGGGCGAAUUAACGCACGAGAUACUCAUUCCGAAAGGGACCCGCAUCAUAGCAUCUAUCGCUGCAUACAACCGCAACAAGGAUUUGUGGGGUGAGGAUGCCGAUGUGUUUAAUCCAGACCGUUGGUUGGAUGGCAUUGCCAAGGACAAGAAAGAAACUGCCACCGGAGUGUAUUCGAACCUAAUGACUUUUGGCGCCGGCCACCGCACGUGUCCCGGAUGGCGAUUUGCUGUCAUCGAAAUUCAGGCCUUUCUGUUGGAAAUUGUCAGCAAGUUCGAGUUAUCCCUCACUGAGAAAGCUAAGAGAAUUCGGCGUGAGCCGUGCGUGUUGAUGGCGCCGGCCGUGGAGGGCGAGGUCGCUCGUGGGGUUCAGUUACCACUCGCUAUAUCGGUCGCUCCCCGGGCACAGGAAGUGUGA